AUGCCUGUCCUCCGUCCACAACUGGAAGAGAACUGGGCAGCGGUGGACAGAUGGGCCUGUGACCACCACACCCCCACGGACGCCACCAUCGCAGACCUGCUGGGCCUGACGCUGUCUCGAGGUGCGGACAGGCGCCCCUGGCCAGCCGUGGGCUCAGGGCCUGACAGCCACCCGCGGGUCACCUUGCUGCCGCCCUUCCUCAGCGACCAGGCCCAGCACGUGCAUGCCCUGGGGACCUUCCACCUCUUCUGCCAGGCCACAGAGCCUGGAAGCCAGCCACACGUGGGCCUGGCCAGGCGCCAGUCACCCUUGAUUCCCACACCCCAGGCGGCCAGCUGGGCGCAGCGGCGGCUCACCAGUUCUGGUCCUGCGGAUGUUCGCUUCGUCUGGGAGAAGAACGGGCAUGAACUGGAGAUGUGCGUCCCUGUGCAGACCCACGCGCUACCCAACGGCAGGACCCACGUGCUCAGCUGGCUGCGGGAUGCCAUCAGCGAGAGUGCCGACUACCGCUGCUCCGCACUCUCCUCAGCGGGGAACAGCACCUCCGGAGUGCGCGUCUCCGUGCUGAGACCCGAGGCGACUCACCAGAAGUGGACCCGAGAGCUCACCGCCUGGAGGGCUGUGGCCGGGGAGCACGACCGAAUGAUGCAGAGCUGGAGGAAGGCAUGGGAAAGCUGUAACCAGGACAACUUUUAGCCACCAGGAGGCCGUGCCAACCCCACUGCCACCUGCCAUGCACUCCUGCACUGGCCCCAGGACAGUGAGCUGUCACCUUGCCUGCCUGGAGGUGGCCAUUGGCCUGUGCCUAACUGGCCCCUCCACAGGGUAGGCACUGGAGAACGCAGAGCCCGACUGGACCUGUGACAGCGCCUGGAACUUUUUCUUUGAUUAGGUGCUUACAUGGAACGUAGGGUCUGUCUUGGCAGAAGCGGGAAACCAAGACAGUUAAGAGGCUGCACAGAAAAGGUGGCUGUGCUAAGACAGCAGUGUGUGUGACGGAGCCUUCUCCAGAAGCACUGCUGUCACGCUCCACCGAUGGCUCUCACAUGAUCUGAGUAUGUCACGCUAUACGAGUGGGCCACCCCCAGCACAGCACACAGUGUGAACACGGCCCCUCCUGACUGCUGGUGUCAACGGGCUGUGACCCACACCUGCUGCCUGUCCCCACCUUCAACCUUAGCCACUUAACCGAGGCACACCACAGGGAGAGGGAAGCGAGGCUCCCAACGAAGAGCAUCUGCCCGAACCUCGAAUGAUGAUGAAGCCCUAACUGGGAGCUGAUGUGGAUCCGGAGUAUCUUUGUGUCACUCCUCACUCAUCUCCGAGUAUCGGACUGCUCACAAAGCUCUGAGUGUGCGCCUGUCCGCUUGCAGCUUCGCUCUGAACCCUGAGGUUGUCUGAGGCAGAAAAGUCCGUCGUGCACUCCUGGUGCCACGUCUGAUAUUCCCCCGACGGUGCGCAUCUGAGGAGGGCUCUGUUACACCUGCUCCUGAGUCUCUCGGUUUCCAAGCUGUACCUUCUAGACUCCGCUGUGUGCGUGCAUGUGACGGCCCAGGCCCACCACUGCUCGGCCCGGAGCCUGACAGGCGUUUCUUCUUGAUUGAGGAAGGAGAGUUUUUGAUGGAAUGCCAGUCCGUCGUAAAACCAAAACCUCUGUUACAAAUAAAGCCGUGCUUCUCUCGUGCCCCUCGCAGAUAACACAUGCGCGCCCAGCCUCGUGACCGCAGCCUGUGCCCGGAGCCCGCAUUCUGAAGCUGGGUGCCUGCCUGUGAGAGCAGCACGUGUUUCCCGCCAGUCACUUCCAGCACCCACCGAGAACGAGGCUCCCCGAGGACGCUGACCUCGGGGUUGAAGUUGCCCUCGUCAUCCGCCAGGGUGCCUGCCCAUCUUGCCAAAGGACCGGCUCUGGCUCACAGGCCAUCCGCACUGUGAUGCAGUUUUCUGUAAAACGUGGCUCAGCUCCCGUGCGGUACUAGCAGCUGCUGAGUGAACUGCUCGACGGUUGGGGCCUUCCCCUUGGUGCUGUUUUCCGUCUAUAAAGCCCCACUGCAGUCUGGAUACAGUCAGAGCACGUUCACGCUCAACAGAACAUGCAGACACUUCCGGUUCCCACAGUGGUGUUCUGUUGGAAAAUGUGCUUAUGAGGAUGAGUUCUGAUUCUUUGCACUGUUGAAAAAAAUAAAGGCAAAGAGUUCCACGUUU